AUCCUCCCCCACACCGCAGGCUCCGCGCACACAGCUCUCUGCCGGCGGAAGAUUGGUUGGACGGUUCGGUUGCCAUUUGGCGCAUUUCUGAGCUAUAACCGUGAACAAAGGGCGUCCAUUUAUUUAUUUACCGUCGUAUUUUUUAAUCGUACAGACCGUCUAACAUUCAAGAUGAGCUCGAUUAACGUGAAGAAGCUGAAAGUGAACGAGCUGAAAGACGAGCUGAAGAAGCGGGAUCUGUCGGACAAGGGGCUGAAGGCCGAGCUGAUGGACCGCCUGCAGGCCGCGCUGGACGAGGAGGCCCUCUCUGGAGGAGACACCCCGCUGGACCAGGACGCUGCUACCGCGGCGUCCAGCGAAGGUUUCGACCAGGCCGCAGACCAAGAGUGUAUGGGAGAAGAGGAGGAGGGCGAGGGCCAGGUGGAGGAAAGCAUGGAGGCCAACGAGGAGGAGGAGGAGGAGGAAGAGCCGGAAAACGGGGGCGAAGGAGGAGAUGGCGCCGCCGAGGACGAGGAGAUGGGAGAGGGGGAAGAGGACGAGGAUGAUGAGAUGGAUCCCAUGCUGAAGGGAGAUGUGGACGACAUGGAGAAAAUAGAAGCGGAGGACGGUGAGCCCGGGGACCAGGCCGCUGAGGGGGAUGCGGACAAAGACACGAAUGCUGAUCAGAAGAAUAAGAAGGGUGUUAAGAGACGCCGGGAGGAACAUGGAAGGGGCUACUUUGAAUUUAUUGAAGAGAACAAAUACAGCUGGGCCUCAUUUAAGUCUCCUGUGCCACCUCUGGAGGAAGAAGAUGAGGAGCUUGAUGAAACAAAAGUCUGCCUUGAUGCCUACAACAGCGACCUGCACUUUAAGGUGUCACGGGACAGAUACAGUGCCUCAUCUCUCACUAUGGAGAGUUUUGCUUACCUGUGGUCUGGAGGCAAGGCCACCUAUGGUGUGAACAAAGGCAAAGCUUGCUUUGAGAUGAAGAUUACAGAGAAAAUACCAGUGAAGCACAUUUCCAGCAAGAACAUGGAGAUUCAUGAUGUGCAGGUCGGCUGGUCCCUGUCCACUGGCACCCUGCUCCUUGGAGAGGAGGAGCACUCUUAUGCAUACUCUGGAAAAGGCAAAAAGACCACCAACUGUGUGACCGAGGACUUUGGAGAAACGUACGAGGAGAAUGAUGUCAUCUGCUGCCUUAUUGACUUUGAGGGUGAUGAGUUUGUGUUGUCCUUCGCGAAGAAUGGCGGGGAGCCGGCUGUUGCUUUCCAAGUCAGCAAGGACACCCUCAACGGCCAGGCCCUGUUCCCGCAUGUCAUCUGCCACAAUUGUGCUGUGGAAUUUAACUUUGGCCAAAUGGAGACUCCAUACUUCCCCGAGCCCCAGGGCUACACCUUCAUGCAGCAGGUCCCCGUGAGUGAUCGAGUCCGGGGGCUCAAGGGUCCACAGACCAAGGCUGACUGCGAGAUUAUAGUGAUGGUUGGCCUGCCAGGUUCAGGGAAGACUACAUGGGUGAAGGACCAUGUUCAGGAGAACCCUGGCAAAUACUACAUCCUGGGCAGUGACACCAUUGUGGACAAGAUGAUGAUCAACAGUCUGAAACGCCAGUCAAAGGACAUCACAAAGCUCACUGCUAUUUCCCAGCGUGCACCACUCUUCCUUGGAAAGUUCAUUGAAAUUGCUGCCCGCAAGAAGAGGAACUACAUCCUGGAUCAUACAAACCUGUCUGCCCCGGGCCAGAAGAGGAAGAUGUGCUUGUUUGCAGGGUUCCAGCGUAAGGCUGUGAUUGUCUGCCCCUCUGAUGAGGACUACAAGCAGAGAGUCCAACAGAAAGUUGAGAGUGAUGGCAAAGAAGUGCCUGAACACGCUGUCCUCAAAAUGAAAGGCUUCUACUCUCUGCCUGAGGCGGGAGAGAGCUUCAGUGAGGUCAUCUAUGCUGAGCUGCAGAAGGAGGAGGCAGCCAAGCUGCUUGAGCAGUACAAAGAGGAAAGCAAGACCGCUCUGCCUGCCGAGAAGAAACCUAACCAGGGAAGCACAACACCAAAGAGAGGCGGAGGCCUGCGUGGUGGUGGCCGCGGAGGCAAGAACCAGUUUGGCCGUGGCGGUGGACCGGGCCAGAGAGGUGGCGGCCGCGGAGGAUUCCAGAACAGAGGCAACUUCAGAGGAGCUCCAGGCCUCCGUGGCGGCUUCAACCGUCCACCACGCGGCUUCCUGCCUCCCCCAGCUUACAGAGGAGGCUUCCCCAGCCGUGGAAACUUCAAUAGGGGUGGUCCCAUUCCAAGCCUUGGUGGAUCCCCCAGGGGUGGAGCCCCUAGGGGUGGACCCAUGAGAGGUGGCAACAUGGGACCCAGAGGGGGACCAAUGAACAGAGGUGGCCCAAUGCACAGGGGGAACAUGAACAGAGGAGGUGGAGGCAACAUGAACCGUGGAGGAAACAGGGGUCAUCCCGGACAGUUCCAUCAGAGAGGUGGUAACCGUGGCAACUUUGGCCACAAAAAUGGAAACUACGGUAACGACAGGAACAGAGGCAGCUUCGGCAACAGGAAUGGCAUGGACAAGGCCCAGGCCUUCAACCAGAGCUGGCAGCAAGGGUUCUGGAACCAGAAGCCGUGGAGCCAGCAGUAUCAGCCUGGAUAUUACUAAGACACUUGUUCUUACGGACUGGUGGCCCAAACCGAGAUCCACCACUAGCCAAGGAACAUCCCUCCAUCCUGCGUUUUGAUUUUCUUUUUUUUAAAACAACCCACUUUUAAUAAUCUUAAAGCCCUCGUCUGACCUGUAUGAUGUUGAGCAACAACAUUCCACAUCAGAGAGGAAACCAGGCAUCCUGAGUGUAUCUGAAGUUGUAUGUGUGUGUGUGUAUAUAUAUAUAUAUAUAUAUAUAUAUAUAUAUACACACACACACACACACACAUGUAUGAUGUGGGUUAAGUUUCGUUCAGUCAACUAUCCGUUUUCGUUGUAUAUUUCAUUCUCUUUUUUUUUUCACCACUUUUAAAUGACCUGCUUUUAAAGAGAAUUUCAUGUUUGUAUUUUCAGGAACCCCAAACAUUUUGCCAGCCUGGCAGAUGUUGAGUUUUUUUUUUUUUUCUUAGCGCUGUGCAUUUUAUCUGUGCUGUGAUUUUCUGUUUUGCUUUUUUUAUUACAAAUUGUAAAUAUCUUUUUUUUUUUUUUUUUUUGUAGUUUUAUGCGAAAUUUGAGAAUAACUCAUGAUUGAAUGGAACCUUGGCUUAUUAGUGAGAAGCAUGGUAGGUGAUUAUACUGUUAGACCUGUAUGUGUCAGUAUAGUCCACUGUCAAUCAGUUCAACUGAAUCCACAAAUGAAUUACAGCAAGCUUUUUUUUUUUUUUUUUUUUUUAAAUAAAUGUUCUGUUCCCAGUACCAAACCUGUAACCGAAACUCCAUAGACCUACAAUAAACAACUCGUUGGCUUUUUGUUUUAAACAUACUUCCUGGCUUAUGACUUUUGAUUCACUUCAAAGGUGUGUAAAAGACCUUUGAACGGCGAUGUCCCCGUUUGCUACUUCAAACAGUUGACAUCAGCCCCGCUACAAGCCCAAGUUUACGCCUCAUUACUUUAAGUAUUCCCUCCUGGUGUCCUGUCUUUGAUGUCUUUACAGAUCCUUUAAGCUAUUCCAGUGUACACCGCUUUGACAAAGUAUUUUGACAUUUUUAAGGAUACAAGUAAGCCAUUGUACUGCUACGUUCUGCCUUUAAAUUAGUGUUUUUUUUAAAUAAUAUGUGCUUAGAAUUAAAGGAUAGACUACACUUUGUCCUAAGGGAAAAGUCUGGAUCUUACUGUUAUUUUUUUUUAUUGUUUAAAAUCCCUUUAGUGCAGUAGACUUAAAAAAACAAAACAAAAGAAAAAGCAAGCACUGACCAGCCCCACAAACGAAAUCAGAACUGUGAAAGAAUUUCUUGAAAAUGAGUGUUGAUACCACCAUUAAAGUUUUGAGCAUAUAUCUGAUGAUCGGAGCACAACUCGGACUGAAAGCUGACAGGCAGGGUUAGUCAUUUUCACCAGCAAACCUAAAGGGCUACACAGCAUCACAACACAUCUAAUACAAACACCAUUAGCACUUCAUGAAAAGAAACGGAAAAGCCGCAGACCUAACCCUUUUUCUGUUUCUGUCAGUUGAAAAGGCACAUUUGGUUGUUGACUGUGUGGCCUGGUAAUAAUGGCGGCUGCUCAUAACGUGUCAUGAGCCGACAGAGGACACCCAGCUUGUGUUCCAACUCCAGACCAUCAUCAGAGUUGCAAAAAAAAACUGACAGUAGAUCAGACAAAAUAUGGUUGUGUGUGAGCCCAUUUUUUUUUUUUUUUUAAUUUUAACUUUUGAAUCCGAGUGUUAUUUAUAAGCGUGUAAAUAUUGAACCACUAUUUCAGCCAUGCACGAAUGUUCAUAAAAUUGACUUCUAAAUGUAUUGUGAUUAAGAAAGUGUUAGUUUGCCCGAGUACUGCUGUGUGAUGAUUGUCUACUAUAUUGAAAUGUCUGGAGAGUUUGUGCCCUCCUCUUUUAAUUGUACUGGAUCCAUAAAUCUAUCCGGAUGACGAGCUUUGAGUUUACAGUAUAACCUAUAAUAACACGACAGACUAUAUUUUUAAAUGGCUUUAUGUUGCAGGGUGUAUAUCAGGUCUUUAAUGUGUAAACCAACAAUGCAAAAGCUUUUUCUAUCAGACAGUUUCUAAUAUUUGUGUUUUGAAGAAGAAAAUUGCGGUUGAAUUUUUUAUUUUAUUUCUCUCUCAACUCUAUUAAAGUUUACGAACUGGUUAA